UUAGGGUUCGGAUCCUCGAUCGAUCGAUCGAUCGGGCGAUGGCGCUGGACGUAGCACAGGUGGUGCUCACGGCAUUCGACACGAGCAUGUCGCGGACAUGGCGAGAGGAGGAUCGGCGCUGGCGGUCCGAGGACAGAGUGUGGAGGGCCGAGGAUCUCGAGUACCGGGCCGAGGAGCGCAAGUGUAGGAAUCAAGAGCGGGCUAUGCGCGAGGCCGAGCAGAGAUGGAGGGAUGAGGAUAUGGAGCAGCGGCAUGUGGAGAAUGCGCGCUACCUGUGGACGAGGUUCGUGGAGAAAAAUCGUAGGGACGUGGAAGAAAAGUCCGAGCAGCUUAAAGCGAUCUCCAAUCUGGCAGCCUUGUUUGCUGGUUUUGCUGUAGUAACUCUAACACAAUUCACCAUAGCUCCAGAUCCAGUUUUAACUGUUUGGAUCGCGUUUUAUGGUGUAUUGACUGCGAUCGCUGUUGGUCUCAUGACGAUAUCAAUGGUGACUUGUACUUUGAUCUUGGGGAGCAUACUAAAGAACGGCAAAUCAUACGUGAACGAAGAGGCCGAAGAGGAGUUCAUGUUCAAGUGCCGUGACUUUGUGAAGUCUUACAGGACUGGAGACAAGCCACCGUCUCCUCGAAGAACUUUCGAAGCGUUUUGGGAGAUUAGGUGUGAAGAUGACUGGAAGAGAGCUUUCCAGUUCUUUGCAUGGGGGGUGCUGUCCUUCCUUUUCAGUUUGAUCCCGAUUGGGUGGAUAAAGUUUUAUAACUCACGGCUCACAGCGGGACUCUUCAUGGGAGUGAUUGCAGUAUCAAUCAUAGUCUGGGGCUUUGUACAAUACUUAUGGGGGGGAUAUCUCACCAAGACGUUUAGAUACAACCGGACGAGCAUAGCGGAAAGUGGGAGCAGCCAUGCGGCCAGCAUCUCGGCUGGACUGCCAUUCGAUUGGCAUAUUGCUCCGGGGAGUGUAGAUAGGCAAGUCUGACAAGAGGAAAAGAAAAGAACAAUGACGUAAAUCCGCAAAAUAGAGUUCCCUGUCCAAGCCUUCCACUCGAGAACGAAUCUUGUCAUCAUCCAGGGAGCUUGAAUCUUCUCUUUCGUGCUUGAAAGCUCACUGGUUUCUAUGUUCA